CAACCGGAGGCGGAAACACUCAGUGAGGUACGUAGCGGUGGCUAGUAAUCAUCACAGAGACCACUGUGCAGAAGAAGUCAAGAGAGGGUUAUCACACUUACAUUAAAACUGAGAGAACAUUUUCCAUUUGACAAGAUAUUGAUGUCAUAUUGUGGAACCCAAAACGGCGGCCGCCGCAGCAAAUGGGACCAGCCCGGCCCUGGCUCUGGUGGGAUGGGGGAGGCAGAAGCAGCACCCACCGGGGCUCUGGAUGCUGCAGCUGCGGUGGCUGCCAAGAUUAAUGCUAUGUUGGUAGCUAAGGGCAAACUCAAACCCUCGCAGAUAGGCAUCCCGGGACCACCUGAUAAGUCUAUAUGUAUUGGGAAGCCGCCAGUGCCAACAAAAGCCAAAGAUGACUUGGUUGUAGCUGAGGUUGAGAUCAAUGAUGUCCCAAUUACCUGUCGUAAUCUGCUAACACGCGGACAAACACAGGAUGAGAUCAGUAAGGUUAGCGGCGCUGCAGUUUCAACCAGAGGCCGUUACAUGACAGCAGAAGAGAAAGGCAAAGCGCUACCAGGGGAUCGACCUCUGUAUCUGCAUGUCCAAGGACAGACUAGAGAGCUCGUCGACAGGGCAGUUAAUAGAAUCAAGGAGAUCAUCACCAAUGGUGUGGUGAAGGCUGCAACUGCCUCAUCAUCUUCUUCACCGUUCACCCCUAGUGGGGCAUCAGUCACAGUUUACCAGCAGCAUAACCCGCCUCCUUCAUCGCUGCCUCCCAUGACCCAUCACAAACCACACUUUCAGUCCGGGAUGCAUUACGUUCAAGAUAAAAUCUUUGUGGGCCUGGAGCAUGCUAUCCUUGGGUUUGUGGUCAAAGAGCGGGUUGAGGGUCCUGGCUGUUCGUACCUGCAACAUAUUCAGGCUGAGACUGGGGCCAAAGUCUUCCUCAGAGGAAAAGGAUCAGGCUGUUUGGAACCUGCCUCUGGACGAGAGGCCUUUGAACCCAUGUACAUCUACAUUAGUCAUCCUAAACCAGACGGACUCGCGGCAGCAAAAAUCUUGUGUGAGAACCUGCUUCAGACGGUUCAUGCAGAGUACUCUCGUUUCCUCAAUCAAAUGAGCUCAAUGAUGCCAACGCAACAAGGCUUUGCACAGCCUCCAGUGGUGAAUGGGAUGCCUCCUCAACCUCCUUACUACCCCCCUGCUGGAUACCAGCCAGGCUACGCCAUGCCUGUACCACCACCUCAGCCACAACCUGUCUCCCUACCUUACACUAUCCCACCUCCUAUACAUCCCAGUGCACCUGCAGGCGUGCCUCCUCAGUACUCCCUCCCCCCUGUUCCCGCUCACUCCCUCGCUCCAGCUCAUGCCGCUGCUUCAGGCACUAUGCCACAGACUCUUCCUCCUGUACCUUUUCCUCCAUCAGCUGCAGCGCCACCCAAAGCUCCACCUCCUGCCGCUCCAGUCAACCCACCACAGAAAAGACGUUUCACAGAGGAGAUCCCAGAUGAGAGGAACAGCGGCCUACUCGGAUACCAGGUGCAGGCUUCCCAGUGGGCAGCUCCGAGACUACAGGACCCCCACCACAGAGUUCCUCUGGCCCACCGAGUGAGAGGGACAGUAGGCAGCUAAUGCCUCCACCUCUGCUGACUGUGAAUGGAGUGAGACCCAAGAUGGAGGAAAAAAGGGCACCACAAGGCCCCGUGGGUAAGGGUAUUAUCCUGUGGACUCACAAAUCCCUGCCCAAAUCCAAAUCCACAGUCAGGGGGACUAUGGAUUUGUAUUGUGACACUUUAUAAGCUCAGCCUGGAUCUAUUCACAUAUUUAAUGUAGAGCUGCAAAGAGUCAAAUGUAAAUCGUCUCUCAGGCCACUAGACUGUGUCUAAAUGUCAGUGGUCUCAAUGAGAUUAAAGAGGUACAGCUGUUACAUAAAUUGCAAAAUGUUCCUCUAAAAGCUUGUAUUUCUUUGGAUUUGAAUUACGAUGUUUUUAUGGCAGAUUAGAGAAAUGCUCAAACUGGGCCUUAUGCUUUUUAUGAUUCUUGCAGGAUUCUGCUGCUGUGACUAGAAAUCUCCAGAUAGUGAGGCGGAGUUAUGACCCGACAUCUUUUGUGCAUUGUUUGUUUAAGAAGUCUGAUAUUUCGAAUCGACGUGACCGUCCCAUUCUGAUGACAUCAUCAGUCUGGGGUUGUUUGUAGUUUGUUUGCUUUCCUCACUAACGAGAAUCUCUCCUGUUUUUGUGUUUUUCUCUUUUUCUCUGUGUUUUUCUUCUUUUCCAUGUAUCUCUGGGGCGAUGAUGGAUUCUGAUUGGGGGUGGGGCAACACUCGUCCUGUCACGCUGUCCUACUACUCCCGUGGACGGCUCCCCACCAACCAAUGGCUGCUUUUGAAUGGCUGCCCCCUCCUCUACUCUGCUGACAAAAUAUGAUUUAAAUCUAUUAACUAAUUGUUUCUCCCAAAAUGUGUUUGGAAUAAUGAACUUGAACCUGUCCUACGUGAAACAUGUUGCCGCUGUUGUUUUUGUGUAUUUUUCCUCUCCACCUUUCUUUCUUUCCUUCUUCUGCGUGCUUCCCCUCUUCUUUCAGAGCCCUCAGUGAAGAGAAUGAAAACUGGUUUGGUGGCGUACACCGGCGACUCCUCUGAUGAAGAGGAAGACCACUCAACCUCCAAAGCCUCAGGGCCAGGUAACCCUGGGGCAGUUCCCCCCCACUCCACCUCCUCAGGCUGGACACAAGGCUACCGCUGCCCUCCGCCACCUCCCCCUCGUGCUAAAACACAGCCACAGCAGCAGUCUAUGCCCUUCUGGAUGGCACCCUAAAACAGGAAAUAUCUAAACUCCCUCAGCGCUUUGUGCCGAGUCUUACAGGAUGUUGACCCAAACUGAGUCUUUUUCCACCAUUCAUCACAUGGAUGACUCCACUUCAUGUUGGUUCCAGCAUUAUUUUAGUACAUGGGUCCAAAUGGACAUAUUCAUGUUUUGGGAAACUAUGGUUUGUUUCUUUUGGUGCACAAAUUAUAGUUUGAACAUAAACAUUUGCAGGACUGAUACUCAAACUAUUUUGUGGAUGUAUAGAUGGUCAGAUGAGAUAUUCUGCCUCCAGUUUUAUUUUAUUUACAAUAUCACAAGGCAAUGAUGUUGCACAUCAGUGACCACUUUUCAUUUUAUCCCUAGUACAGCUUUUUGUUACGCAUUUUUUCCUUCCUUUUGUCCCUGUCCAGAUCAGUGACACCAUCCUUUCCUAUUCUGGUCUUUUUGUACAGAUCAUAUUGGACUAAUAUGUAGUAAAUCUAUUGAAUUUAUUUCAUGCUUUUGUGAAAUAAAUAAACUUAAUUUAUUGCCGUG